GUUUGGGAGGCGUUCCAAUAACAUAACGUCGGUCGAGUUUGUUUUUACAACUAAAGAUUGAAACUAAGAUGCCGAGAUCCAAGUACUACACCCCCGACGAGGUGUCCGCUCACAACUCCGCGGCCGACCUGUGGGUCUCCUUCGUGGGCAAAGUGUACGACCUGACGCCGCUGGUGAGGGAGCACCGAGGUGAUAUUCUGCUGCUGCCAAUUAUUGAAUGCGCAGGAAAGGAUAUCAGCCACUGGUUCGACCCCAAAACGAAAGACAUCCUCACCCACGUCGACCCGGUGACCAGCUGCGUGAAGUACUUCACCCCCAGGGGGCGCUUCCUGCACGUCCCCCCGCCGCGGCCCCGCAGCGACUGGGACAACGACUUCGGCCGGCCGUGGUGGAGGGACCCGCGGUACGAGGUGGGGUACCUGACCGCCAAGUCGCGCUGGGUCCGGGUGGUCAACACCCUGACCUCCCAGGAGCAGCUGCUAGAGGUGUGUCCGGAGGAGACGCUGGAGGAGGUGUUGCAUCGCUACAUGCGCUACAACGCGCACGCUGGCAGCUACACCUGGAAGCACGCGGGCACCCCGCUCCUCAUGGACCGCACCCUCGGGGAGAACGGGGUCCCGGACGAGGACCCCGACAUGGACCGCUGCCGGCUGGACCGGGACCUCUUCACCCCCGCCAUCUGCCUGUACUUCAACGACGACCUCACCGAGCUGUGACACUGGGGGGGUUAUUAUGGUCUGUAUGCUGCGAAGUCUGACGAGGGUCUGAAUGGUAUUAAAGUCCAUGGAUGGUGUUAUCGGGAGAGUGUGUUUAUCAUAGGUUUUAUUAUGGUCUGUGUGUUAUUAUAGGUCUUAUUACAGUCUGUAUGCGUUAUCAUGGUCUGUGUGUUAUUAUAAGUUAUAGGUCUUAUUAUGUUCUGUAUGGUCUGUAUGUGUUUAUUGUAGGUUAUAGCUCUUAUUAUGGUCUGUAUGUGUUUAUUAUAGGGUAAAGAUCUUAUUAUAACUCCUAACUUCCACUCCUACCUUGAUAGAACAAAGCAGUCUGAAGUUUCUCUACCGCAUCCAGGGAAUGUAAUGCAGGCUGUUCCAUUACAUCAAGAUGAAUGAUCUCCCAUCUAUAGAUAUCUCCACAUAGCUCCUCUACAGCACGCCAGUACAGAAUGUACCAAGACUAUUGACAGAGGGCCGAAUUUCGUUACUCAUCAAAUGUUUAUUACAGUGUCUUUUCAUACAGA